UUGAAUUGAGGAGGCGGAAAGGGCACUGAGUGUCACUCUAAAUAGUGUUAAUAUAUUCAUAUCAUAUUGGGUUCGUUUUUUUCAAUUUGCAUGCAACAAAAAAAUUUCCGGGAAAAUUUCUGGGUAUGGGAAAGCGCUCCUUUCAAGAAUCUCUAAAAGCUCUGGAAGCUGAUAUUCAGUAUGCUAAUACCCUGUAUGUCUCUCUCUUCUUAUCUCUCAAUUUUUAUCUAUUUUUUUUUGUUUUUUUUGGGGCAUUAGGCCAUCCAAGGGAUAAAGAUGGAGGAUGCUAUCAGAUGAGGCUAUCAUACGGUCCAGCAGCCCCAAUUUUCCUCUUUCUUGUUCAGUGGACAGAUUACCGUCUGGCUGGUGCUCUGGGUUUGCUGAGGAUUCUAAUUUAUGUGACUUAUGGAAAUGGGAAGACUACUAUGUCAAUAUAUGAAAGGAAAGCAAGCAUUAGACAAUUUUACACUGUUAUAUUUCCUGCUUUAUUACAACUUCAGAAAGGUAUCACAGAUUUGGAGGAAAGGAAACAGAAAGAAGUAUAUGAUGUUAGAUACCGAAGGAAGAUUGAGUUCGAAGAGAGUAGACAAUCUGAAAUUGACAUUGAAAGAGAAGAGGAAUGCGGGGUUUGCUUGGAGGUUAAAGCAAAAGUUGUGCUGCCUAAUUGCUGCCACUAUAUGUGCUUGAAGUGCUACAGAGAUUGGUGUGUAAGGUCUCAGUCUUGCCCCUUUUGCCGGGAUAGCCUGAAGAGAGUAAACUCUGGGGACCUUUGGAUUUACACAGACAAGAAUGAUAUUGUUGAUGUUGGGACAAUUUUCAAAGAGAAUUGUAAGAUGCUGUUUAUGUACUUAGAGAAGUUGCCUCUUAUUGUUCCAGACCCCAGACAUGUGUCCUAUGAUCCAUUUAUAAGGUGAGGAUU